CCCGAAUCAACCCGGAAGCCAGGGGGGCUCGCGCUCCUCUCCCCGCCUCUCCCUGCCCAGGCUCGCUCCCGUGGCCUCCUCCUCCUCCUCCUUCCCCGGCCGGGAGCCGCGCACCGACCUCUGCCCGCCGGAGGGAGCUGGGGGCGACGGGUGCUGCGGCGGGCAGGGCAGGAAGACGGUCCCGGGCCGGCGGCGAGACCCGCCCUGCGCCUAGGGCGCAGCAGAACAGAGGGCGAGCCGGAGAAACGGCGCGCCUUUGUCCGAAAGCGGAGUCGCUCCCGGGAAGGACGGACUCUGGCCGAGAAGGUGUGAAGAUUUGCUCUCCCUAAAAUUGCCUUCCAGCGCUCUGUCCCUAAGGGAAAAAACAUUGCAAGAAAGAUGUGCUUCCAGUUGUGGAUCGCUGGUCUUCUGCUGUCAGCACUGGCUGGAGCUGUCGAAAUUGUGGUACCCGACGAUCCGGUGGUCACCCUCUUUGGCCGCGACGCGACUUUGUGCUGCUCCUUCUCCCCGGACGCCAACUUCAGCCUGGACAAACUCAGCCUCAUCUGGCAGCUGACGGACACCAAGCGGCUGGUGCACAGCUUUGCGGAAGGCCAGGACCAACUGGCCAACCAAGGGAGGAGCUACACCAACCGCACGGCUCUCUUCUACGACCAGCUGCCCAGGGGCAACGUCUCUCUGCUGCUGCGCCGCGUCCGGAUUGCGGAUGAGGGAAGCUUCACGUGCUUCGUCAAAGUCCAGGGCUACAGCAGCGCGGCCGUCACGCUGCAGGUGGCAGCCUUCUACUCCAAGCCCAACUUGAACCUGGAGCCCAACAAGAACCUGAAGCCGGGAGACCUGGUCACGGUGAUAUGCCACACCUUUUCCGGCUACCCUGAGGCGACGGUGCUGUGGCAAGAUGGCCACGGCAACAACAUAACGGAGAACAUUACCACCUCCCAGGUGGCCAACGAGGAGGGCCUCUUCGACGUGCGGAGCAUCCUGCGGGUGGUGCUGGAGCCCAACAGCACCUACAGCUGCUUAGUGAGGAACCCAUUGCUGCGGCAGGAGACCCACGCCUCUGUCACCAUCACAGGUCAACACCUCCUGUUUCCUGCUGUGGCUCUCUGGGUGACAGUAGGAUUGGCCAUCUGCCUUGUCAUCCUCCUGGUUGCCCUGGCGUAUGUGUGCCAGAAGAAAAUUCGCCAGAGCUGCAAAGAAGAGAGAGAGAGAGCUGCAAGAGAGGAACAGGAUGAAGGAGAAGGAUCCAAGACAGCUUUGCAGCCUCUGAAGAACACGGAAAACAAAGAAGACAUUGGAGAAGAAAUUGACUGACCAGAAUUGGAAGGGAAAUGCAGUUGUGCUACCACGAGGCUCACAUGGCAAGCUGUGAUCCUGCUCCUCCAUCAAUGGACUGCCGAAAAUGUGACAGGCACAGCAUGCACAGAGACCUUUCACCUGGCACCUGCUGCAGUUUGCUGAUUUUGGCCAUGACCAAUUGCCUUCUCCCCCCCUUUUCCACAAAGAUACAACCCUGAACUCUCUCUGUCCCCGUGAGACUCCCUUCUUCCCAUUAGAAGCAGAUCGUCGCUUACUGAUGACAUCCUCCCACUGCCAACCUCCCAGGACUGGGAUGCUCCGAGUUCCCAUUCCAUAGUCUUACUGGGACGCUCCAAGAGUUCAACCAUCAAUGAUGCUGUCAACUGAUACAAAGGGAAGGACUUCCUGCUUGAAUGAGAGUAAUUUGGACAAACCACGUGUACUGUAAAGAAAAGGGGAAAACUCACAGAUCAACUUGCCACUCUAACAGAGGAGAUCAUGGCACUCAAAGCUGUUUUGAGGGUCAGUUUUCAGUUGGAUUUGCUUGUAGGCAUGCCACCUGUCCAAUUUUAGAUUAGCACGGCUGGAGUUGUGUUGUGUUCUCUCUUAUAUUUGCUGGAGCCUGGGAAAUGACCAUUGACUUUAUAACAGGGGCAGGGAGCCUCUUUCAACCUGAGGGCUGCAUUCCAUUCUUUCAGGGCCCACAUGGCCCUGCUGGAUAGGGCUGGGAGCAAAAGUGGGAAGGGCAAUGAAUGUAAAAUUUAACUUUGUAGGCUAGCUUCACAUGCACCUCUCUGGCCUUCAUCCAGAGAAGGAAGAGGCACUGUCAGAGUUCCAGGGCACAUUUCAGCCAGGCGAAAACACACCAGUUAGAUGUGAAGCAGGGACACUAGGGGUGUAAUGUGGAGAGUCCUGGGGGCCAAAUAAAAAUGACCGCAGGGCCACAUUCAGCUCCCAAGCCUGACGUUCCCUAACCCUGCUUUUUAACCUAACGGCAGUAGCUGCCGAGAAGCAGGAAGGGCCCUUCACUCAGCGGUGUAAUGUACACAUGCUUGGCAAACAGAAAGUCAGUUACAAUCCUUGAUGGCUCCACCUAGAAGAGUGUUGUUAGGAAGCAAUGCUAGGGAAGAUCUCUGUGGUAGAUCCUGGAGAGAUUUGGAUCCCUUUGGAAUCAGCAGUGCUAGACCGGGUGGACCAGUAAUUGACUCAAUGUGGGAGAGCCUCCGAUUUUCCUAACUGAGCAUAACUAAGAGAUGCGCAAGAAGGCAUUAUCUUUUUUGAAAAGAAAAACCAUGUGAGGGGAAUUGCUCUUUGAGGUCUCUUGGAAGAAGGGGAUAAGAUUCAGCACUAAGUCCUACUGGAUGAAGCCAUAGGCCCACCUCUGGGCCAACCAAAGGCCUGUGGGGAGCAGGGCAGCCACAGCACUCUCCCCACAUGUGAGUCUCAGGAGUUGUUUCUCAGAGGCUAAGUCCUUGUGGCACUGCAGGUAGAAGCAUAGCUAUCACAGCCAGUAGCCCUUGAGAGGCUUCUCCAUGAAUUUAUCCAAUUGUCUCUUAAAGCCUUUCAGGUUGGUGGCCAUCCCUCCAUUUCGUGGGAACGAGCUCCAUAAUGUGCUGUGUCAAAGUCCCUCCAUUUGCCUGUCCUGAAUUUUCCAAUAUUAGCUGAAUGAUGGCCUCGAGUUUCUAGUAUUAUCUUUGUGAAGCUCGCCUUCAGAUGUCGGUCUCUUCUCCCUCUCAGCCUUCCUUCCACAGCUGGAAGACAAUCACAGGCAAAAUGGGGAGCCUCUUUCCUGAGCUGAAAUAGGAAUGUGGCGCUGGCAGUGCCUUUACUCAAAAGACGGCCCCACAUGCUGAAUGGGGCUUACUCUCAGCCAAGUCUGCAUAACAUUUCAGAAAUCUUCUCCCCUUUACACCUCCCAACUCAAACCCAAAGCCUUUAUUCUGUGGAAUGGGAAUGUUUCAGAAUUGAGCGCAUUUCUGUUCUGUUGAUGUUUCCUGUGCCUGGGGCAAAACGGCAUAUUGUGAGGUUCCUGAAGGUGCUCAUAUGAUUUUAGAGCCCACUGCAAUCUCCCCCUGCUGUUUGCCAUGUCUGGGAGCAAAUCCACAACUGUGGGGUGAGUGGAAUUUGCAGGGAUCUCUUAAUAUUAGAUGCAAACAAAGGGAAAACUAUAUGGCAGAGCAACUGCUUUGGCCCAGCAAUUGGGCUGCUUCUUCUUCCUCUGUUGGGAUAGAGAGAAUUUCCAUUCACUGUUGACAAUGGAAGACUUUAGAGCCAUGUUUUAAGAUUCUGCUUUUGGUUUGAGCAUUGCAACACAACAGGGUAUGGUGUUUUGUAUGCACCAGGGUAGCCUUAUUUUGCCUUUUGCUUGCUUUCCUCCCAGUUAACCACCUGGUUCACUGGAGUUAAAUUUCUUUGUUUUUUUCUGAGAGAGCAUUCAGUUCUGUCUCUUUGGUGUUUUUUAAUAUAUAAAAAUACUGGACUGAAAAUGGAUGGCUAGUCAUGGUACUAGCGAGGGGGAAUCUGCUGGUCAGAUGGCUCCCUCUACCCCAUAAGCUGAACCAAAGAGUAAACUUGGCUUUAUUGCAUUUCUGAUUAGAUUUCUACCCAACAUAGUCUACAUUAUUUAGCAUGUUAUUUGCAAAUCUGCAGAGAUCUGGUUUAUUGGGGAGGGCAGGGUUGCAUUCUCCCUUUUUAUCCCAACCCCCAAAGCCAGGGUAGCCGCCAUGGUGCUUUCCAAGUGUUUGGAACUACAGUUCCCAUUGGCCUCAGCCAGUGUGCUCAAGAUUGAUGGGAGUUGUAGCACGGCAACACCUAGAAAGCACCGUGUUGCUUACUGCUGAUGAAAGAAGUUGAGCUGUACAGCUGGGAGACACUGAACACUUCAGAAGUAGAGUGGGUAUUAGAAAGUUUGGGAUAAGGGCUGAGGCAGUCUCUGUUGAACUGUGGACCGCUAGGUGCCUCAUUCUCACACUUCUUGCUCUCUAAGUCUAAUAUUUUCUGGGGAUUUUCGCUCUCGCUCAAAAGGGCUUAGAAACUUGCUGUGUGUUUUUUUUAAAAUAAAAAAAGUACAUUUGAACUUUUUAAAUUAAUUAGCUAUUUAAAAUGUUAGAAUUUGGAGUCCUUAGUGCCUUUGGAGAUCUAAUAAACAUUUGGUUCUUUUGGG